CUUAACCAACUUUUACAUUUGAUGUUGCUGCAUAUGUCACAAUCUCAUCCACAUUUAAAAUACAGAGGGAAACAGCAAUUUUUAUUGUGUUAUAGUUUUAAAACUUAAUGUUGAGAUGGUCACUUGAACUAAGCAGAGAAAUUUGUUUUAAUGCAUGCUCCUCGUGUAAUUUUUUUCAUAAUGGCUGCCCUUGGCUUUGAAGUUCAUGUUGAUAAGGAAAAUGCACCUUCUAUACUACACACUAAAGGAUCAGCACUGAAAAGCUUUGGUUUAAGAAACAAUGGAAAACUUGCUCAGCCAACACCUCGUAAAGCUUUGUUUGAUGUGAACCAAGACCCCAGGGGCCCUGUUGGAAAAAACUUUAACAGCAUUGACAUAAAACACAAUGAAAAGCUUUUUAAUCCAGUCAAACCUAAAGUGUCCUCUGGAGUAGAAAAUCAUCCUCAAGGUCCAGGUAUCAAGAAAUCUGAAACAAGGAAAACUCCUGCCCAGCACUCUCACAGAAAAAGUUUGAAAAACACUAAAAAUGAACUUCCUCCUGUGAUUUCUGCAACAACAAAAAAAGUCACCAGGAAACCUCCAGUCAUACAGCAACAACCUGAUAAUGAUGAUUGUGAAUAUGAUUCUGAUACUAUUUUUCCACGAAGUGAAAGAUUAAGCACUUACGUUGAUAAACUUUUGGCAUGGCGUCCACCUUGUUUGUUUGGUACAAUCCCUGACAGUGAUACAGACUGCAGUGAACCUGAAGAAAUUAUGCAUGAGGAAAUAUGUGAAAUGCCUGUCAGUUUUGUACCAGUGCCUGAAUUCUUAGAAAUGGAUUUGGAGAAUUUAAUGGAUGAAUUACCUCCCCUUGAGAUUCCAGAAGAAUUUGAAAGCCCUGAAAAAGACACAUACAUGUUAGACCAGACUCCAGAUACUUCAUUAUCCUUAGGAAGCCUGCAAGUAAUGACUGGUAGCCUCAAUGCUUCCAUCAUGUCUGACUCUGGUUAGAAACUGUAUAAGACUGACCAAUUUGCAUUUAGCUUGGGUGCUGUACACACUUUAGGUUUUGACCAUGUAUUUUUUAAAUGUACACUAUGCAUACUUUUGACAAUUAUAAGUUUGUAUUUAAAUCUCUUUUUAACAUUUAACAUGUGUGUUGUAAAAUAAACUUGUGACAUAAAA